AUGCUUCUAUUCCUACCUCUUCUGUUGGCUCUCCUAGCCCUCGCCAACUCUGCCCUCGCCGCCCCGAAUGUUCCCCUCUCGACGACAAGCCGCUGGAUCGUCGACGCCGGCGGCGAGCGGGUCAAGCUCCGCUGCGUGAACUGGGCGGGCCACAUGGAGACAAACCUGCCCGAGGGCCUCCACAAACAGUCCAUCAGCUAUCUGGCCGACUGGAUCGCCGCCCAGGGGUUCAACUGCGUCCGGCUGACCUACUCGAUCGACUGGGCGCUGAACCCCACCGUCGCCGUCGCCGACGCCUUCAAAGACGCCGCGCCCGCCGCCCAGGUGUCGGCCGAUUCUAUGCUGGGCCUCUACUCCCAGGCCUUGGAGAAGAACCCGUUCCUGCAGAACGCCACAACCCAGGACGUCUUUGCCGAGGUGAUUGAUCAGCUGUGGGACAGGGGCGUCAUGACCAUCCUCGACAACCACCUGUCCAAGGCCGGAUGGUGCUGCAACCUAACCGACGGGAACGGGUGGUGGGACGAGGCGGAAGGCCACAACGACCAGAUCUCGCGGUUCUUCAACACCACGCAGUGGCUCGAGGGCCUGCAGUCGGUCGCAGCGUGGAGCGCCUCACGCAAGGGCGUGGUGGGGUUGUCGCUGCGGAACGAGAUUAGGCAGGGCAUUGUCCAGCUCGUCGGGCUCGGAGACUGGUACACGCUCGUCAAGAAGGGCGCACAGGCCGUGCACUCGGCGAACCCGGACGCGCUGGUCAUCAUCGGUGGUGUCAACUCGGCGACGGACCUUAGCUUCAACAAGAAGGACAGCCUCGACUUCUCUGCGUGGAGCGGGAAGCACGUGUGGGAGUUCCACGCGUACUCCUUCACCGUGACGUUCCACAUCAACUUCGGCAUCUGCUCCCUCCGCAAGGACGCGUGGGGCGUGUUCGACGGGUUCCUCCUUACGCAGGGCAAGGAAUACACGGCGCCGCUUAUCCUGAGCGAGUUCGGCGUGGGCAUGAGCGGCGGCAACAAUGACGGCCUCAGCGACGACGACGACAGCUACCUCUCGUGCCUGGUCGAGUACAUGACCAAUAAUGACGCCGACUGGGCCGUUUGGGCCCUGCAGGGGACGUACUAUGCGCGCAAUGCGCAGACGGAUUAUGAGGAGACCUGGGGCAUGCUGGACAAGGAUUGGGCGACGUGGCGCAACCCGAAGUUCCCCGGCAUGCUGGGCCAGAUGUGGAACGUCAGCCAGGGCCCAUCACAAUAA